AAAAAUCAUCGAAAGAUACCGUAAACAACGAAAAGAUCAUGAGCAAACUAACAUGACUGAAGCCGAUCAACAAUACAUGCAGCAUCUGAGGCUUGAAACUGCAAACUUGGCCAAGAAGAUUGAGCAACUUGAAGUUUCUAAGCGGAGGUUUUUGGGACGUGACAUUAGUUCAUGUUCUUACGAGGAACUCCAAGGGAUCGAUCGCCAGUUGGAGCAAAGCCUACGCAAAAUUAGAGCUAGAAAGGAUCACGUAUUCAGUGAACAGAUAGAGCAGCUAAAAGCAAAGGAAAGAAUUCUCUUGGAAGAGAAUGCAAAGUUACGUGAAAAGAGUAAUGGAACAAGGCUGCCAAAUUGGCAGCCAUUAAUCCAAGAGAAAGAAGCUGCAACCAACUGCAGUCAAAGUAGCCGGAGUACUAGUUCUUUAGAUCAGGAUCACGUUGAGACCGAGCUCUUCAUCGGACUGCCAAGAAACUCACUGCUGAUUACUCAAACUGGUUGUUCAUGAUCUCUUGAAACUUAUCCAGGAAGUAUAUAGAUGUUAUCUAGUUCGUAGCUUAUCACUUGUAUUUAGUAGUACCGUCAAAUAUUAAUAAGUUGUAUGCUUAAUUAAGAAUUUUAAUAUGAAUAUUUGGGAAUUCAUGAUACAGGUAGUAUGAUAUCAAUAGAUCAUUAUCUAUUCAUAAGUUCAUUCAUAUGUAUAAGUUCAUAUUGUUAUGUUAAUAUAUGUUGUGUAGAAAUACCAAAAAAUGGGAAGUAAAUAAUUUGAUCAUUUUGAACUCGUACAA